AUGUCAUGCCUUCCUUCCAUUCCUGUGAUUGGAAAUAAUUCAAAUGGAUGUGUUCGAAGCAAUACUACUGUAUUUGAUACUGUUCCUAACACAGCUCCCAACACGCAUGUCUUAAACCGAUUGCAAUCAUUGUGUAAUGAGCCAUCCAUUCCAAUGGAGUCCAGGCAAAAACUGUUAGCCAUUCUGAAUAUUUUGCAAGGUUCUAGUCCCAACACUCUGAAUACCGCGUCGCCGCAGUCUUCCAACGACAGAUUCUCGAACACUCGGUCUAUUAGUGCCAGGAGUUCGAAACAGGUCGAUGUGCAUGCGCCACUGUGGCAUAAAGCGUACGCGCAAAACAACGAUGAUCAAAGUUUCCGUGUGGAGGGUUUUAAUCUUGCAACGUCUCGAUUCAGCAACUUCGCCAACCCAAAUUCGCACAACAAGCGAUCCCUCCCCGUACUGCAGGAUCACACCAAGACGUUUGCCAAUAUGAACAAGACAUUGUGCCAGACAAUGCGUUACGUUGAAUCUAUCUCUGAAUUAGAGUUUGACAUUAAUGAUGUCAGAGAAUAUGAUAAUAGUAUCAUGGUAGACAAGGAGCGACUUUUUCUAUCAGUUUGUUGUAGUAUAUUUGCCAACUUCUCGUUCACUACUACCUUGGGCUUGGACAUUCAAAAUCUCACCAAUUUUCUUAUCAACAUAUUUAACUACUAUUCGAGAGAGCACUAUUUUCACACGGCCCUGCACGCGGCGGACGCCCUUCAAAUGCUCUCUUUGUUUUUUCGUGAACCCAAUACUAACUUCAUUUUUACCGAUGAAGAAAUUCUACUGGCUUUUCUGAGUGUUCUAUGCAUUGAUAUCGCCCACCCCGCGCUGCACUCCACAACCCUUGUUGAGUUGAAUCAUCCCCUGGUCACGGUCUUUGGAAGUUUGUUUGUGAAGAAACAAGCAAGUCUUCUGGUCUUUCUGCAUCAGCUCUUUUUGGAUGAAUGCUUUUUCCUGACUUCACCACAGUCGGUGUUCCACUCGAAGAGUUUACUUCAAGAAAGUCUCAACACGAUUGUAGUCUUCACAUCGAGCAAAUUUAGACCAUACCUGCUGAACCAACUACGCUGUGUUGCUGCUUCCAAUCGUAUCGAUGGUGAUAGCAUACCGUAUCUGCUGUCGGCUCUCACACACCUUUCCUUUAACGCUUUUGCGUUCCGCCCGCGUAAGCAAUGGCUGUUCUGGAGCAGUUGUCUGUACUCUGAAUGGAUUCGUGAGGAGGAUGAACGACAUCGUCAUUCGUUGAACAGGUUGUUCCCUAAUCUCAAUCUUGAUGCAAAAUCAGCAGUCUCGACAGUAGUAGGCUAUUGUGCCGGCACAGUAAAGGUCCUAGCGGAUGCACUCAAAUCACUCGUGCCGACGGACCUUUACGACAACCUAGAGCGCAAUAUCGAUCUGGCUGCAGUUGAGGCCGAGAUCGAAUCUUCGCAGUGUGUCUUUUCAAUAUCCCAAGCGACGCGGCCGUGGAGUGAUAGCAGUGCGUCGGUAAUUGAGGUCCUCAGGAGGAACACGGCGCACGCCAACAGUCUAGAUCGUAAGGCCUCCAAAUGUGCUAUCCUUAACGCCUCGCCACAGCGAUCCGUAAUGCAUUCUAUGGAAAGGCAAAACUCCAUGACACACAUUUCUUCGCAAGCUUCAAUGAGUGAAGUCAAACUGGACUGCUGUCAAACUUGUGGAUGUCGAGCGACACUUAGUUCAGUUUACCCCACACGAUCGGAACAUUACUUCUCGUUUUUGCGGUUAUAUGACGAAUUCGAACUGAGUGGCCGUUCUUCAUCGGAUUUUUCAGGUCAACUUAUCUUUUUAGCCUUGCAGCUUGAUCCACACUAUAUCGGACGCUAUGCACGGGAUGCCUUUGGUGAUGACUGCACUGCUCAACAGUGUGUAGAGAUGGCAAAGUUAAUUCGCACCGUUGAAGAAACACCAUCAACCGCUGAAGUCAUUGUCAACCGCCGCACUGGUAAUCACAGAUUAGCAUUAGCGCUGGAUGAAUCUAACUACACAGAUGGAUUUUUACUUCUCCUGAUCAACAUGUACUUCCAGCGUGAAGAAGCAGCCGAUAGGUUAGUAGAUUUACAUAUAUCAGAGGAAAAUAAUAGUGAAGAUACUAGCUGUGGUUGCAAGACAACACUCUCACAUAUGCUGUGA